CCCUUCCAAGCGACAGCGUGUGCGUUUGUAGCUGCGAACAGCUGACACAAGAUUAGUCAAGUUACAGUGUUUCUAUCAAGAUAUCAUUUCUUAGGUGUCUCUAGGUAUGGAUAUGGAGAGUGCCAGCUCGGUGGUCCUACAGGCCCUGACCCAGGCCACCAGUCAGGAUACCGCUCUACUGAAGCCUGCUGAGGAGCAGCUACGACAGUGGGAGACACAACCUGGCUUCUAYUCUGUACUGCUGAAUAUCUUCAACAACCACAUGUUGGAUGUUAACGUCCGAUGGCUUGCYGUGCUCUACUUCAAAAAUGGCAUCGACAGGUACUGGAGGAGAGUCGCACCAAAUGCUCUGUCAGAAGAGGAGAAGACGUCGCUGCGAGCUGGCCUGAUCACCAACUUCAACGAGCCCGUCAACCAGAUAGCCACCCAGAUAGCAGUGCUGAUAGCCAAGGUGGCCCGUUUGGACUGUCCCCGCCAGUGGCCAGAGCUGAUACCCAUCCUGCUCGAGUCAGUGAAGGGUCAGGACGGGCUGCAGCAGCACAGGGCUCUGCUCACCUUCUACCACGUCACCAAGACCCUGGCCUCCAAGCGCCUGGCCCAGGACAAACGAUUGUUUCAAGACCUGGCAUCGGGCAUCUACAGCUUUGCCUGCUCCCUGUGGAGCCACCACACAGACUGCUUCCUCCAGCAGGUCCUAGCCGUGGAUCAGGCCCAUGCCCUCAGCUCACUGGAGAGGACUCUACUGUCACUUAAAGUACUUCGGAAGCUGACGGUCCAUGGAUUCCAGGAGCCACAACAGAAUAUGGAAGUGAUGGGCUUCCUCAAUGCAGUUUUUGAGAGACUGAAACAGUUCCUAGAAUGCAGUCGGCAGGUAGGCCCAGACAGCCCAUGUCGAGAGAAGCUUGAGAAGACUAUCAUACUGUACACUAAAGUGUUAUUAGAUUUCCUGGAGGUCCACCCGUGUGCGUUCAUCCCACUGAUCCAGCGCUCUCUGGAAUUUGCUGUCAGCUACGUGUUCACGCCGGCCGGUGAGGGCCUCGUCUUCGAGCGCUUUACCGUCCAGUGCAUGAACCUCAUCAAAACCAUCGUCAAGAACGAGGCCUACAAACCCUGCAAGAACAUCGAGGACAGUAAGCCGGAGAGUCUGGAGGCCCACAAGAUCAAGACGGCGUUCUUCACACACCCCACCCUCACGGAGAUCGGACGGCGUCUCGUCUCCCACUACUUUCUGCUGACCGAGGAAGAGCUGUCCAUGUGGGAGGAGGACCCCGAGGGCUUCGCUGUUGAAGAAACAGGGGGUGACUCCUGGAAAUACAGUCUACGGCCUUGUACAGAAGUGUUGUUCUUGGACAUAUUCCACAACUACAGUCAGACUCUGACACCAGUGCUGCUGGAGAUGGUGCUGAAUCUACAAGGACCAAGCAAUGUGGAUGAUCCUGUUCAGCUGCUGAUGAAGGAUGCAGUGUACAAUGCAGUGGGGCUGGCAGCAUACGAGCUGUUUGACAACAUUGACUUUGACCAGUGGUUCAACAAUCAGCUUCUGGGCGAGCUACACGUGAGCCACCACAGGUACAAGCUGAUUCGUCGGCGGGUGAUCUGGCUCAUAGGUCAGUGGAUUUCAGUGAAGUUUAAAUCCGAACUACGGCCGCUGCUCUACGAGGUCAUCCUUAACCUCAUGCAGGACCCAGACCUAGUGGUGCGGAUCGAGACGGCCACAACUCUGAAACUCACUGUCGACGACUUUGAGUUCCGGACAGAACAGUUCUUACCGUAUCUGGAGUCUAUUUUCAGCCUGCUAUUCCAGCUGUUGCAGCAGGUGACAGAGUGUGACACUAAGAUGCAGGUCCUCCAUGUGAUCUCAUGUGUCAUUGAGAGGGUCAACAUCCAGAUCCGGCCAUAUGUAGGCUGUCUGGUCCAGUACCUGCCACUGCUUUGGAAACAAUCAGAAGAACACAACAUGCUGCGUUGUGCCAUACUCACCACACUGGUUCACCUUGUACAGGGCCUGGGGGCGGAGAGUAAGAACCUGUAUCUCUUCCUGCUUCCUGUGAUCCAGCUGAGUACAGAUGUCUCGCAACCACCGCAUGUCUACCUGCUAGAGGACGGACUGGAGCUGUGGUUGGUGACGUUGGAGAAUAGUCCGGCAAUCACCCCAGAGCUGCUGAGAAUCUUCCAGAACAUGUCAGCUCUCCUGGAGAUGAGCUCAGAGAACCUGAGGACAUGCUUCCAGAUAGUCAACGCCUACAUCUACCUGUCAGCUACUGACUUCCUACAGAACUAUGCUGAGGGCCUGUGCAGAUCCUUCUGUAAUCUACUCAAAGAUAUCACCAACGAAGGACAAGUCCAAGUUCUGAAGGUGGUAGAAGUAGCUCUGAAGGUUAGCCCCGUGUUAGGAGCCCACAUGUUCCAGCCCCUGCUGCCUUCUGUCUUCAGAGGGAUCGUGGAUGGAGAGCGGUACCCGGUGGUGAUGUCCACCUACCUGGGCAUCAUGGGAAGAGUCCUGCUGCAGAACGCUAGUUUCUUCUCCUCUCUCCUCACACAGAUGGCCAGCGAGUACAACCAGGAGAUUGGCCAGUUGUUAGGUUGUGUGAUAGAGAUGUGGGUUGACCGCAUGGACAACAUCACACAGCCGGAGAGGAGGAAGCUGUCGUCUCUGGCUCUGCUCUCCCUCUUACCGUCAGACAACAGUGUGGUCCAGGAGAAGUUCUGUGGCAUCAUCAACAUCUGUGUGGAGGCGCUGCAUGACGUGAUGACGGAAGACUCCGACACAGGAACCCUCAAAGACUGUAUGUUGAUGAGCCAUUUCGAGGAACCCAAGCUGACUGACGAUGAGGAGCCUCCCACAGAACAGGACAAGAGGAAGAAACUGUUGGCCCUGGAGGAUCCGGUGCACAGUGUCUCCUUACAGCAGUAUGUGUAUGAGAAGCUGAAGGCCCAGCAGGCUCUGAUGGGGGACCAGGGCUUUGGGGCUCUGAUGGAGACGGUGGACACAGAGAUCGUCAGGCAGCUCCAGGAGUUCCUACAGGGCCUCUGAGAAAGAUGGAGAGAGAGGAGAGCCUCUACCUAUCUCUACCCUUUCCCUCCUGUACCCUCAAUGCAUCCAUCUCCAGACUUAUACUAUCUAUCUCUCCUGACAGGCCUUUGAGCACAGGAGAGAAAAGACCUCAACCUCUGCCCCCUACUAACCAUCUCGGCUGUACCUUAUCCGUAGCCUACCUUUCCUCUCCUCGACCCCCUAUUGGGCACAGAAGAGAGAGAGGACUGCAACAUGUACCUCUACUACCCAUGUCUACUUUUACCCAUAAUUCACUUGUCCUUUACCCACAACCCCCCUCUUCUCUACCAAACCCUACCCUAACUACAACCUACCUAGAACCUUCCUUUACCCACAAACCACUUUGUUUUUUAAACACACACAUAGAAACAUGAAUAGAGCUUCCAUUCUAACAGUUAUUCUGCUUCUCUAGUUUUAGCAUGGGGUAAAUACUUAGGAGGAUGUUACGAGACGGAGGAUUGAGGGAAUAUAACAAUACGACGCAAAGACAACCUUCUGAAGAGGCAGGAGCCUUGGACUUUUUUUUUUUUUUUGGACUGGGAAAGCGUGUGUGGCGUGAUGGGAAUAUGGCUUCACUGACCGAAAGACUCAAACAGUGUUUACAGAUCUAUUCUUAAAGGCGAAUAGCGAGCAAAAGUGUACUUUGUAUGUAUGUGUGUGUGUAUGUAAAGUAUGGAUGACUCUGCAUGAAGAUAUUUAACUUUUUAGUUUAGCUAGUUUAUUUCUCUUCAUGGUUCCUUUGUUCUGUAUUGUUUCUCACACCCUGAGAUCAUCAAGUUGACGGGACUAUUGAGAGAUGCAGACACUGUUUUUGGGGCGUGUAUAUUUUCAUAUCAUCGGACUAUGAAUUCAAUUAAUCGACUGCGAGAUUAAAGCGAUUUUUAACAAGUGAUUUGUAAACGUGUUGAACCACAUUUCUAUAUGAAUGCUGCUGCUAUUUUACGGUGUGUCACGAGUUAUGUCAAAGCACACUUUUUUCCCCUCCGUUUGUUUCGUUUUCUUCCUGAAAUGUCAUGGUUCUUCAUGUCUCGUGGUUGUGGCAUGGCGGUAGAAGAACUCGGGACAUUGAAGCAGGACGGAAGUUAUUCUUAGGCACAAAUCUAGGAUCAGCUAACCCCACUCUAAUCCUACCUACCCGUUAGGGGUGGAAAAGCAAAACUGACCUCUGAUCAGCAUCUUGGGGCAACUUGAUCCUACUCCCUGUUGUGUAUGAAAUGGCAUAUAAUCAUAUUGAGGACAUACAUAACUGAAACAUGAUUUGAGGGAUGUUUUGUACAGAAACAGUUUUUCCCAUUGAUGACAGUGGACUAGAGAAUCGGUUGCACUUCAUUUAAUGGUACAGAAAUGUCCAGGUUUUGACAUAAACAUUGUAAUUCUACAAUAAGCUAGGAAUUACUUUUCUUUGAUAUUCAUUCAAACAAGCACCACUACCACUUGGUGCCAGCCAGGUGCAAAUUGUGUUGAAUUAUUUGAAAUAAGUACCAGAAAGUAGCCAUUAUUACCACAUAAUAAUCCUAGUAAAUACAGUGGAAACUGGACUGGAAAAUAAAGUGUUAUCCAAUUCUCUUCCCCUAGUUCCGUAGACACUGUGAUUGAGUUCUGUAGCAGUCAAGCAAAACAAAGGCCUUAUGCUUUCAGCCUUAACUCAAAUAUCCUUUCUCAUUCUUUCCAAUAUUGCUUUUUUUAAAUAUAUAUAUAUAUAUCAGCUGAUUCCUGUACUGGUAUUAGAAUGAUGGGAGCAAUGGUGACAUUGAACACAACAGCAGUAGAAAAUAUAUCUUUAGCUUGUUUUCAGUCAACAAAUUCUAAUAGAAAGACCUUGUUCUUUUUUUUCAACCGCUUCAAUAAAAUGCAGUACAUGGCUGAAAUGUCUACGUACUUAUUUUUCGAUUAA